GAGAGUUGCCAGGAGUUGCUGCUGAAGCAACGACGGGGGCCCCUGUUGCCUUUGGCGAGAGUGCCUCUGAGCCUGUGCCGUUCCCUGCCGCCUGGCCCUCCCCACCUUCGUAGCCGCGGCGGGUCUCCAUGCCAAAUGGCCCCACAGUUGAGGCCUGUGUGAGACGUUUUUGCCCCUGAGGGAAAUUUUUGCCCCUGCCGGGGUGGGAGCUUCCAUGCCGGCCUCCCCAGCGGCAAAGCGGAGCUUCUCCAGGGUCGGGUGAUGGCAUUUCUGCCGCCUGAGAGGACCGCUUCAUGCCGCCUCAUCUGGGGUCCAAGCCCUCCGUCAGCAACUAUUUCUUGCCUCCGCCUCGAGUCCCUCAAAGCUCAUGGCAGGGGCGGUGAGGAAGCCUGGGGUGUGAAAAAUGAAUAAUAAUGAUAUUAAGAUUUAUGAAAAUGAAAUCCAGUCUUUGGAAGAAGAAAUUAAGAUGUUAACAGAAGAAUAUGAAUGUAGUCUACAUGGAUCUUUUGCUUAUUCUGACGGGGAGAUAAUGAAGGCUAUGAAAUCAUUUAAAGGAAAAUCUCAAGAAAACUUAAGGCACUAUGAAUUUUCUCCAGACUUGAAAACUCAGCUUGACUUCUUAGAGUCUGAUCUCUUCUUCAUGAUGAAAUUUACAGGCAUUUGCUUCACACAUUGUUCUAGAAAACCUGUGGAGAAAAGUGGAACUAGAACUACACACAAAUACAGGCUAUCAGGAAAUUGCCAUUCAGUGUCCUUUCAGUUGGAAUUUCAACUCAUGGAAGAAAAUCAGGCAAAGGAAGAAGACGUUCAUAUCAAACAGUGUAACAAAAAUGUUUCAGCUAUUGUUACGGACCUUAGCAUUGUGAUAGAAUCUGACGAAUAUUUGGAUUUAAGCAAGCUUGUAUCAAGAGUUGAAGAGAGUGGGAAUCUCUUGCUGUUCUUCAAAUGCCUCUCCUAUUUCACUGAGUGGUGUGAUCAUCGGAAACGCACUUUGACCCAUUUCAAGAACAAGUAUCCUGAUGUUGUAGUACUUCCUGAAGGAUCAUCUGGAGAUUACAUGAUCUUAAGAAAUGCUAACCUUCCUGGACUUGAGUUAAUGAUUGUUUGGAAGAUAUAUGUAGAUGAAGAAGGAAAAGUUACACCAGUCUUGGAUCUCCUCCACAAAAUACCAAUGUCAGUGGUGGAAGCUAACAAGUUUGCAUCAGAUGCUCCGUACUGCUUCAGAAGUCUACUACAUGUGCUUGGAAUACAAGCAUGCAUUGAAACACUGAUCAAGUCACUUUGCAAUGAUAAAUGAAUACCAGGACAAUAAAAUAUGCAUCUAUAGUUUAUUGAAUAUAAA